AUGGUUAUCGCUGGAAAUCAUGAAAACGACGGCAAAAACUUCACGAAUUUCCAAGAAAGGUUUCAAAUGCCCUCGAAUGGAUUCCACGACAAUCAAUUCUACAGCUUCGACCUCGGUCCAAUUCAUUGGGUAGCUCUGAGCACGGAAUACUAUGGAUAUUAUGAUACCCUGGGGAAAGAACCAGUAUUCAACCAGUACAACUGGCUGAAGGAAGACCUUAAGUUGGCGAACACGAAUCGUAAGAAGACCCCAUGGAUAGUAGCUUAUCUUCAUAGGCCUUUCUACUGCUCUGCAGCUCACAAUAAUGACUGCACUGGGUCCGACAACGAGAUGGUGAAUUAA